GAGGCGCAUCGAACGUGAAUCUUUCUCUCCUGAGGAAAAACGCGCGAACUAUUCGUUUAUUUGGAGGAACGAACGAAGCGGAGGAAGAGCCUGUAUAAAAACAACAGGCUCACCGGUUUGCACGAUCAAAUGUCGACAAGUGUUUGCUGAGCGUGGACAACGUGGAAGAUUUGUAAGUGUUUAAGAUACACAUUUUUCUUAUCUUUUAAUUUAGAUCAAAGAAAACGAUUAGAAGUGAGCGGUGCGCGUGAUUAACACGUAAGCAGAUUAGGGGACCAUUGUCGGAGAGUUAAAUACCAUAAUUAUACGCAUGAAAUCCUGUAAGACACGCGGAUAUUGCGCAGAACAUUUCAAACGAAGGGACCACCAUCUGAAUAUCGAACACGAUCAUUUCGAUUGAUUCAAAACCUGGAGUCAGCAAACGAAAAUAACAACGAUGACGCCAAUUUUUGUCACUUCGUUUCUUUUCUUUAUACUGAGUUGUUCCUCCCGCGCACAACCCGCUAGACCGGACUAUAUACGUUGCCAGAACAAUUUGGAGUGCGAAUCAGGCUACUGUUGUACCAUAGGACCGAUAAGGUACAGUAUUCCAGAAUGUAGAGCAAUGCAGAAAGAAGGAGAAAUUUGCAGACCAGGUAGUGCAUCGGCCAUUAAUAUGACUGUGGGAUAUCCUGAUGGCGCUUUGGUAACGUUGACGGAUGUUCAUUACAUUCUUUGUCCCUGUGCAAAUGGAUUAUCAUGCGAUGCUAAGGAAGGAGUUUGCAAGGAUACGGGUGUAGAACGUGAUACAAACCGUUUGUUUGGAGAACAUAACAAACGAGAUGAUUAAUUAAUUGCGAUCAACCGGUAGCGAUAAUGCGUGAGAAAUCCAGGACAUGAUUCUUUCUUAAUGAUAUAAAUGAAGGACCAAAGCAUCGAGUAUUUUUAAGUUAAAACUUGUUAAUAAAAUUUAAGAAUUUGACAGAUGCCAUGUAUAGCCAAAUGGACAAAAUUAAUUGUAAAACAAUGUUAGUUUUAUCACUAGUGUAAGUUGAUCAUUCUUGAAAAGUUUAUGUUUGUAAUAUACAAAUUUUUAUGACGAAACAAGUUGCUUUGGAGAAGUAAAUUAUUGAUUAACUUAUUUUUGUUUUCCAAUUUCGUAUUAACACUAGCCCGAUAUUGCAAUGAAAAACAAUUGUUAUACAAUAUACAUACAGUACCAAGUAUGAUAGGGUUUCACAGGGAAAUUGGCGAUGUCCUUCCCUCGAAUAAAAAAUUAUUUAAAAAUA